AUGUGUACGAUUGCGGCUCGGAGUGCCAGCAGGCAGACUGGAAGCUACCGGUACCACAUGAAGUCUUGUGCUCACCGCUCACCACAAGGACUAACUGGAAAAAAGGGGGAGCAAGAAGAAUUUGCAGUGCUCUGCCUACGGUAUGGGACGUGUGUGCGGAUGGCAAGGGCAAAAUCAGGUAUUGUCCCUGCAAAGAAGAGGCCUACCGGUACCGUACUGUACGCACCGCUAGCAAGGGACGUCAAAAGUCAGCCCUUGGCACUUGGCCAACAAAGGUUAAUUGUCUUAGUGAUUGGGUACGGUAUCUAUGGAAGCGACAACAUUGGGGUUGGUUCAUGA